ACACCAAAAUAUUUUCUGGUAUAAAAUAAUUUCUUUUUUAUCCUGCUUAGCUUUGCGAAUAGUAUAAAUCAGAAUAUGGAAUCAAGUCAAGACUGUGGCAAAGUUUUGAAAGCUAAUACAAUCUACACAUUAUUUUUUGUUAUAUUUUUAUCGACAUAUCCAGCUUCAAGUAUUAGAGAAGAACAUUUAAAUGCAUCCACACAACAGAAUUCAACAAUGUGUGUACAAUGCACAAAUUCAAAUUGCACAAAGAAUAUAAAUGAAUCUAUGUGUCAAGGUUCAACUAAGUAUCGCGUUUGGAUUGCAGGCGCUGUUGUUGGGGGUUUAAUCGCUCUCCUCGUGAUAAUUUCUGCGUUAAAAAACUGCCGUCAAGUAAUUCGUUCAAAAAGUGAUAUACGAUUAGGAAAUUCAGGAAACUCAGUUGUCCAGUUUUGGGCACCGAGCAAUGGAUAUAACAACAGAACGCAAAAUCACACCUUGCAAUCGAGUUCAACUACAAAUAAUCACUUUGCAGCAGACAGCGCAAGCAAUUGCAACGUAAUAAGCAAUCAUUGUUUGCCUCAUGGUGGAAACUAUGAUGUUGGUUGCCAUUCAGGAGGAUUCGAAUCGAGUGGAGGCGGAGGUGGCGGACAUAGUUAUGGUGGUGGAUGCAGUUCUAGUGGCGGGGGAGGAUGUGAUUCUGGGGGCGGGGGUUGUGAUGGAGGAGGGGUUUUUUAA